AUGGGAGACAAAACGGAGCAUCUGGAAGAACAACAGCCUGCCGCCGAUGAAACAACCCCGUUGAUCAGGCCAAACGAGUCCCAUAGAUUGGUGACCGGCUACAAUGGCAUUGCAAAGGGCGAUCACCACUACCCUACCGGAUCAUCGUCAGUCCCGGGCCUCCCUGAUGAUAGAUGUUCUGAGCGUCUCGACCUCGUCAAGGUUCCUUCGCUCUCGGCCGGGAUCGACAUCGAGCCUGGCCUCCAGAGGGUGACCUCUGCUGCUACAGUCCCUGAACAUGAGCGGGCAUCCGGGGAUCCAGAGGCCGCAAAUCCCGCAGCAGCAAGCCCUCGAUAUGCCGACAGAUUCAUCGGCGUGACGCCGCGAAGAUUCUGGCUGAUAUUCGGCGGCAUCCAACUGGGGUAUACGAUUGGAUUCUUCGACUCAACCUUGAUGGCGUCCAGCCAUCCGGUCAUCACGUCGCAUUUCCACGCGUCGAAUUCGGCCUCCUGGCUCUCGACUGCGUUUCUGCUCACCUCGACGGCUCUCCUGCCUCUCUUCGGCCGGAUUUCCGAUACCUUUGGUCGGAAACCGGUAUAUAUAUUCUCGAUCGUCGUCUUCUUCUUAACCACCGCCUGGUGUGCCGUAGCUCAGAGUAUCGGCAGCUUCAUCGCCGCAAGAGCUUUCUGCGGACUCGGGGCCGGUGGUGUCUUCUCCAUGGGCAUGAUCAUCUGCAGUGACAUCGUGCGGCUGGAAUACCGAGGCGUUUACCAGUCCUACAUCAAUCUUGUUCUGGGUGUAGGCGGCUGUCUGGGGCUUGCCGGGGGUGGAUUCAUCUGCGACCAACUGGGGUGGAGAGGAGCAUUUGGCAUCCAACUCCCAUUCAUCUUCGUCUAUCUUCUUAUCGCUCUGUGGACCACUCCGGCCGAUCUGGGCCUGAGAACGCCCAAGUCGGAAAGAAUGACUGCCUGGCAGCUCAUCAAGCGCGUCGACUUGACCGGUUCCUUUAUCCUCACCGUGGGCGUAACGGGCCUCAUCAUGGGUAUUAACCUCGGCGGAAAUGUCUUCAGCUGGAGCCAUCCCCUUAUCAUCUCAUCUUUGGUCAUUGCCUGUGUGCUGGCCGUCGUUUUUCCGUGGUACGAACGAAACGUCGAAAUGCCCGUCAUGCCGGUACAAUUGCUUUCCAAAACACCGCACGCGAAUAUCAUCUUUGGCAAUUUCUUUGGCGCUAUGUCUGUUAAUACGAUCCUUUUCAAUGUCCCGUUGUUCUUCCAGGCCGUGAAACUGGAGUCCCCGACCCAGUCUGGAAUCCGUCUCGUUGCCGCGACUAUCGCUGUCACCACUUCCAGCGUCUCCACGGGAUUCCUGAUUACUUGGUCCAAGCGACUGAUGCCGACAAUCAUCAUCGGCGGCGUACUUUUUGUCCUUGGAGGCUGUUCCACAACGGCCAUGGCUCUUUUCGAUAUCCCGGACGCAGUGUCGAUGGUCCUUCUGUCGCUGUCCAGUCUCGGGCAGGGCUUCGCAUUCCCUACCAUGACCGUCGCAAUCCUUGCCAUCAACAAACAGGCGGACCAGGCCGUCGCCACCACGACGUUGGGCCUCUGGCGAAAUCUGGGGGCGGUGAUGGGUGUCGCCAUCAGCAGCUGGAUCCUGCAAGACACCCUUCUCUUCCGCCUGGAGCAGAUGGUCACGGAGCCCCACAAAGAGGAAAUCAUCUUGCGCGUUCGAAAGACGGUCGAUGCCAUUGCAGAUUUGGAUCCAAUGCACCAGCGUCAAGUAACUCAAGCAUAUGCCAGUGCCCUCCAGUUGACAUUUGUGUCCGCUGCCGUUUGGGGAGCUCUCAUGCUUUUUUGCCUUCUUCCUAUAAAGAUGCCUCGACUGGACGAGAAAGGUAAACAUCACGAGGACGAGUAA